AUGGCUAUUUGCAGUCUUGAAAUUGAUUCUGCCAAGACUUUCGUUGACUAUUGUCAAGCUUUAGCCAACUCAGACGGUAAAGUGUCAAAAGUAGAGAUGGCUUCUUCUGUUCAGCAAAAAGAUAUGCCUUUCAACUCCAUUACUACGCUUCGUCAGACCGUUAAGAAUGAAGUCCUGCAACCGUUUGAUCAGUUUGUUCGCUUAUUGGAGAACUUCAAAGAGGUAAUAUAUCUAGCGCAAUCUACUUUAAGGUCAACCAUUGACAGCAUGCAUCAGAAUGGGAUAACUGUCGAAUUCGAUAAUGGAAACGAAGAUAUAUCAUUUCAAGUUACUUCCUACAAGCUACCUUCCAUUCAGAUUAAUCGUCUUGCUUCUUCUAUUGAAACGACCUUGGUCGCAGUGUCUGAAUUCUCUGGAAAAGCCGUGGGCGAGGUUUCAAUAGUCUCUCCACAAGAUCUAGACGAGCUCUGGAAAUGGAAUGCAUAUCUUCCUCCUGCCCCUGCGACGACAAUCUACGAAAUAUUUCAAGCGCAAGUUAUGUCUACUCCUGACGGAGAGGCUGUGAGCUCUUGGGAUGGUAGCUUUUCAUACUCUCAACUGGAGGCUUACGCUUCGAAACUCGCAGUCAAGUUGCUUGAGAAACUUCCUUCGGGACCCACAAUUGUCCCGGUUUGUUUUGAGAAGUCAAAAUGGACAAUUGUUGCAAUGUUAGCAGUUUUGAAAGCGGGAUAUGCAUUCGCAACCUUGGAUCCUUCUCAGCCAACAAAUCGGUUAGAAGCUAUGAUGCUGGAGGUUGAUGCACGUGUCAUUAUAGCUUCAACAACACAGAUAGGAAGAUUCAACAUCCCCGAUCUACAUAUGGUUACCAAUAUCGAGGACAUCUGUCACAGUACAGAAGACGUAUCAGAACUCGAGUUUCACGUCCUCGCCCCGGAUGACCUUGCCUACGUCCUGUUCACAUCUGGAAGUACCGGGAAACCAAAGGCAGUCUUGCAUCCGCACACGGCCGCAUGCUCGAAAAUGCUCAGUGAGAAUGAGCCUGGAGAUUCGAGCUAUGGCUAUGGUCCAGGAGGCCGCAUCUUACAAUUUGCCUCGCAGGCAUUCGGAGCUAGCGUGUAUGAAGUUCUCAAAACUCUCGGCCAAGGUGGAUGCAUUUGCAUACCAUCGGAAGAGCAAAGAUUACAGCAUCUCGUUAAGUUCAUUAACGACCAGAAAAUUACUCGUACCUUCCUUGUACCAACAGUUCUAAAAUUGCUGAGCCCGGAGGAUGUUCCCACUUUGGAGAUUCUCACCAUCGGAGGCGAACCUGUUUCUCCUGAUCUUGUCAAGAUUUGGUGCGGCAAGCUCAGACUGAUCGAAGCUUUUGGUAUGACGGAAGGUGUUACUGUACAAACUGAAAUCGACUCGAAUGGACAACGAACUAGGCAAGGUCAACACUUGGGUGCCGCAGCAUGGAUUGUAGAUCCAUCUAACUACCAUAAGCUUACUCCGAUCGGUGGUAUUGGGGAACUGCUCUUCGAAGGACCAUGCUUAUCGACCGGAUAUCUUGGUGAUCAGGAGAAGACCGACAACGCAUUUGUUAAAAAUCCCGAUUGGAUGAGAGCGGGGCGACCUCAAAGGUUAUUCCGGACAGGUGAUCUUGGACAAUAUGAUUAUCAGGGGGUGAUCAAGAUUCUUGGACGCAAAGACACAAGGGUGAAGCUGCGUGGCCAAAGAAUUGAGCUGGGAGAGGUGGAGUCUCAGAUUCAGAAGCACUUGACACCAGAUUGUUGGGUGGCUGUUGAAGUCAUAACAAGUAAAGAGUCUGGAGACGCAAUGCUCGUGGGGUUUGUCGGCCAUUCUAAAUCGCCGGACUCCCUCAAGAUGCACAAAGAAAGACCCUGA